ACUCACUACAAAAAUCUAGACUACACCACAGGUGGCAUGCGCACCUACCCACUCAACCAGGUGUUCACAGCCAUCCAACAUUGAUGAUGAUGAUGGGCGAACAGCCAUAGAGAACUGCCCUAUGUAUCCUGUAACUACCGCAGACAUUCACAAGGCACACCUAAGAUUGACCGACCCUCAAAAUGACACGUUAUUUGAGAGAGGUGCUGAAAGAGUAUAUGACAGAGCAGUGGGUUCGAAAAAGCCGCCUAGUGAACAAAGAUGGCCACUGCAACAUUGAGUACGGCAACGUGAUGCACACAAAUCGCUUCGCCUACCUCCUAGACAUAUGGACCACCUUUGUGGAGACCCGAUGGCGAUUUGUGAUCUUGCACUUUGUGGCUUCUUUCACACUCAGUUGGUUCGUAUUCGGCCUGGUUUGGUACUGGAUCGCCCGAAACAACGGUGACCUUUCGUGGCAAGAUCCACCCAAGGAACACAUAUCAUGCGUGGCGAACGUCAGAUCCAUGACCAUGGCUUUUCUCUUUUCAUUGGAGACCCAGACCACCAUUGGCUACGGCAACAGAUACAUCACAUAUCUUUGUCCCGGAGCCAUCGCGCUGCUCAUAAUUCAGUGUCUUAUUGGUGGAAUUAUCAACUGCUUCUGGUGUGGUGUGAUCAUGACAAAGAUCUCCCUACCCAAAAAGAGAGCCAAGACAAUAAUGUUCAGCGAGUCCGCAGUGAUCUGCCCCAAAAAGGGCACCCUCAGCCUUCAGAUCCGCGUGGCCAACCUUCGCAAGACCCUGAUGAUCGGCAGUCAGAUUUACGGCAAGCUGCUGAGGACGACGGUCACGCAGGAGGGUGAAACUAUCAUCCUGGACCAGGUCAACAUUGACUUCACGGUGGACGCUGGCAUGGACAAUCUGUUUUUCGUGUGUCCGCUGACCCUGUACCACGUGAUCGAUAAAACAAGUCCAUUCUAUGAAAUGGCGGUGGACACUUUACGUCAGCAGGAGUUUGAGCUUGUGGUCUUCCUGGAUGGCACGGCCGAGUCCACCAGCUCCUCCUGCCAGGUCCGGACUUCUUACAUCCCCCAGGAAAUCAUGUGGGGUUACGACUUCCUCCCUAUCAUCUCCCGCACCACAGAGGGAAAAUACCGCGUGGACUUUUCCAACUUCUGCAAAGUGGUGGCCGUGCCAACUGCCCAUUGCUCUCGUUGCUACCACAAUGAGGCAGGGCAUCAUCACCACUCCAUAAAGGGGAUUGACAACCAGGGCUUUGAGGCGAUUGACAUUGAUGUACCCACCAAUACCAAAAUGUAACGCUCGGUUGCUCAUUGAUCAACUGUACCUUCUUGUAAUGUCACUAUCUUGCACAAUAUCAGAUGCAUAGGACAUUGAAUCAGGUGCUAAAACAGAAUGCAUCUGUAUAUUUUUUAUGGUGAGUGUUUUACUGUAGUAGCACUGUAAUUGACCUAUUAUUUCAGAAAUCAAAACCUUAAAGUCCGCGUGAACCUGAAGUCGCGAUCGCCUUUACUUCCAUAUUGUGGCGUAUUUCUGUGGCGCUCAUUGACGCGGGGAUGUCAACUAUGGUCGCCAACUUUCUUACUCUGAAAUACGGUACAAAAGAUGGACUGCCGCAGCAGUGCGGAUAUGGUUUUGUGUAUGCAGUGUAUUUAAGACAUUUGUCAAAAUGGUAGCUAAUCUGUUAAUAAAAUAUUAAUUUAUAACUCUUAUGCAUUGGCAACAUACGGUAGGUUUAUUAAUAAGACAAAACACUUGUAACUCCCGAACUAAGGGUAAAAAAUGUUAUUCUCUUUAUGUUAAUCUUUUUACGUGUGACAAACUAAAACCAACAUAGAUUCUGUGAGUUUUUUAGAGACAUCAGUCACUGGUUAGAUCAGCAUAGCAGUCAAAAAACAGGACGCGUCCCUGCUUAUAUGGGAAAGUUGGCAACCCUAAGGUCAGCUGAUGACUUAAUUUUCAGCUGCUGCAAAAAUUCUUCCUGUAGUAGUUUUUAUAUUUUUUAUAUAAAAAUCAACUUGUUUUUGACUUAUACAUUUUUUUUUAGAUAUUUCUUUAAAAGUUUUAUUGGUGCUGAAUUAUUUGUACUGUGAGCUGUUUAUAUUUCACACAGAAACAAAUUUGUAUUAUUAUUAGACUUAGAUUUAUAUCACAACAUUUACUAAGUAGCCUUUUCCAAUAAGGAACAGUUCACCUUUGUUGAUUCUCCUUAUAAACAUCUUCAUGUAAAUGCAUUGGUAUUUUAGUUUUAAUUUAUUUUAUCUGUGAUAAAAUACGCAAACUCAUUCUUUGGACUCUGCUGACGUUUGUGGUCGACUGGACUGCGAGUUUGGUGAAAUGUCCAACUUUUAGGGAUGGCGGAAACUGAAGUUUCCACAAUGUGUUAAGAUCCCGAAGCAUAGAUGUUUCAAAACACCAAAGUCACGUGACUUUGGCUAAUUGAAUUUCACAAGCGUUUCGAAAGGUGGCAUACCUGUCGAAUCUGCUUUUGCCUGACAGGGUAGGAAAAAAAUCUUAAACAAGCCUAAUAUCACAUGAGGAAAAUAUGUGAUAUGGCCUUUGGUUUCUGCAGUGCUUUGAUUGGGUGUAGAAAAGUGAGUUUUUAAUUUAGAAAUGAAACCGAUAGUUGAAGGGGGCGGAGUUAACAGAUGCUCCCACCCAAGUUGUCUAGCUGACAUCAUCAGAGAAUGAUCACCCCAAGAGUGUGGGAAUACAUUUUCAGAUUUUGAUUGAAGUUUAUGAGGGAACAUGAAUUAAAAAUAAAGACUUACACAGAUUAAUUGUUUAUACUAAACACUGCAAUAUUACAUAAAAAUUUCAUUUUAUUAGGACUUUAAGUUAAGGUUAGGAGAGAAAACAGGAAUGGCUUUAUUGCUGCAAUGUGGGCAAUUUUUUUAGCUGACAUUUUGCCCUCCUUAUUCAAAUCUGACCUUUACUUAAACCGUGAUCAAAAACAAUAUAACUGUGCCCAAAUGAUAAAGAAUAAAGUGUAAAAGGUAUGAAAGAAGAGCUCUUUUUUGUUACAGGUUAAUUGCAUUGGGAGUGGAAAUAUUAACUGAAGGUUCAUUAUGAGAUUGGUUAACAUUCAGGAACUGAUUUGAAACAUAAUGCAUUUCUGAAAAUGUUUAAAGUUCUGAAUCAG